CUGAAUUCAACAGCUGCAGAGCUAUUUCACGCGGAGAGGGAACUGGACCAGCGGAAAUGGGAGCGUCGGGGUUUGUGCGGAGGUUGCUGUGGUUCCUCCUCCAGGCCUUGGCGCUGGUUCUGCUCUGCCAGGGAGAGCGAACAUGCCCGGAAAGGUGCCGCUGCGAGGGGAAAAUGGCGUACUGCGAGUCCGGCUCCUUCCAGGACGUCCCGGAGAACAUCUCAGCCGGCUGCCAGGGCCUGUCGCUGCGCUACAAUGACCUGUUGGAGCUGCUCCCUUACCAGUUUGCCCACCUCAACCAGCUCAUCUGGCUCUACCUGGACCACAACUCCAUCAGUGUGGUGGACGCCCAAGCCUUCAGGGGCAUCCGCCGGCUGAAGGAGCUGAUCCUGAGCUCCAACAAGAUCACGCAGCUCCACAACGCCACCUUCCACGCCGUGCCCAACCUGCGAAACCUGGACCUGUCCUACAACAAGCUGCAGGCGCUGCAGCCGGGGCAGUUCCAGGGCCUGCGCAAGCUCCAGAAUCUGCACCUGCGGUCCAACUCGCUGACGAGCGUCCCCGUCCGCGCCUUCCUGGACUGCCGCAGCCUGGAGUUCCUGGACCUGGGCUACAACCGGAUCCGCACCCUCACCCGCACCACCUUCCUGGGGAUGCCCAAGCUGGCCGAGCUCCACCUGGAGCACAACCUGUUCUCCAGGAUCAACUUCUUCCUCUUCCCUCGCCUGGCCAACCUGCGGGCACUCUACCUGCAGUGGAACCGCAUCCGGGCGGUCAACCAGGGCCUCCCCUGGACCUGGCACACCCUGCAGAAGCUGGACCUGUCCGGAAACGAGAUCCAGGCCCUGGACCCGGCCGUUUUCCAGUGCUUGCCCAACCUGGAGACCCUCAACCUUGAGUCCAACAAGCUGAGCAACGUCUCCCAGGAGGCCGUGUCGGCCUGGAUCUCCCUCACCACCAUCAGCCUGGCGGGAAACGUGUGGGACUGCGGCCCCGGCAUCUGUCCCCUGGUGGUCUGGCUGAGGAACUUCAGGGGCACAAAGGACACCACCAUGAUCUGCAGCAGCCCGAAGUCGCUGCAGGGAGAAAAGGUGAUGGAGGCGACGAAGAACCACGCCGUCUGCGAAGAGACGCCGAUGCCACUCCCACCCACAACCCCAUCUCCGACUCCUAAACCGACUCCCGCGCCCACCACGACCACCACCAGAGCCCCACUGCCACCUCUGCGGCCUGCCUCUCAAAACCCCUCCCCCUCGCCUUCCCCUCAACCCAGGCUCCGCCCCCAGCCCACCCUCCGAAACCUGAUUGGCGGGAACUCGCGGAAGUCUCCGCCCAGCACCCCCGCUUCCUCCAACGUCCUGUCCGUCACCCCCGAGCCGGGGUUCCACCACAUGCUGUUCCACAAGGUGGUGGUGGGCACUGUGGCACUCUUCCUGUCGGUGUCGCUGAUCAUGCUGGUGAUCUACGUGUCGUGGAAGCGCUACCCCAACACCAUGCGGCAGCUGCAGCAGCACUCGCUGGGCCACAAGCGCAGGAAAAAGGAGCAGGAGCCCGAGCAGAGCAUCACCACGCAGCUGCAGGAGUAUUACAUGAGCUUCAACGCCACAAACUCUGAGACCAUGGACGUUCUCGUCAAAGGCUCGGCCCCUUGCACCUGCACCAUUUCGGGCUCCAGGGAAUGCGAGAAUGAAUACACAUUUCCUAGACCGCUGCCAGGAACUUGGCUUGGAGAUGUACCUACAAUGCACUGAGAAGACACAGUGUGGACCCAGUGGGUUUGCCAAAGGCCAAGGAUCUACACCUUCCGCUAUUCCACCAUUCUCUGUCUCAAAUCAAGACUUUUUUUAAAAAAAAAGACUGGUAUGGAGAAACUCCAAGGAC